AUGAAUGACGUAAAACAGAUACUAAUCGAUGAAAUAAGGAGGAACUUGGCUUAUACGAAAUUACCAGGACCAAUAAUGAGUUUAAAAGACAUUUUAACAUUAAGCCAAGAACAGGAAUCUCAAUUUAACAAAGAAGUUCAUGAUUUAGGGUUACAUGUAAAUAGUAUCCAUCAUAACCCAACCCCAUCAUUUUUAUAUGAAAUGGCUUUAAAAUAUGAAAAAAAUUCAUAUAUAACAAGUACAGGAGCAUUGUGUUGUACAUCUGGUGAAAAGACAGGCAGGUCACCAUCAGAUAAAAGGAUUGUAAAAGAGAGUAGUUCCGAAGAUGAUAUAUGGUGGGGUAAUGUCAAUAUACCAAUAAAAGAGAAAUCUUAUGAAAUAAACAAGAGUCGAGCUAUAGAUUAUUUAAAUUUACAGCCAAAUUUAUAUGUAAUAGAUGCAUAUGCAGGUUGGGAUGAAAGUUGUCGAAUAAAAAUCCGUGUUAUAACAUCUCGAGCAUAUCAUGCAUUGUAUAUGUUAAAUAUGUUAAUACCACCCAAAACAGAAGAAGAAAUUCAAAAUUUUGUACCAGACUUUAUUAUAUAUAAUGCUGGUGAUUUUCCAUCAAAUAGAUUAACAGAAGGUAUGUCUAGUAAAACAUCAGUGAUAUUAAAUUUCGGUGCAAUGGAUAUGGUAAUAUUAGGAACACAAUAUGCGGGUGAAAUGAAAAAAGGUAUAUUAACAUUAUUUAUGUAUAAAAUGCCAAAAGAAAAUAAAUUACCAUUACAUUCAUCAUGUAAUGUAGGUAAAAAAAAUGAUGUUACAUUAUUCUUUGGUUUAUCGGGUACUGGUAAGACAACACUAUCGGCAGAUUCAAAUAGAUAUUUAAUUGGAGAUGAUGAACAUGUAUGGACAGAUAAUGGAAUAUUUAAUGUAGAAGGUGGUUGUUAUGCUAAAUGUAAAGGACUAUCUAAAAGCCACGAACCUGAAAUAUUUCAAGCUAUUAAAUUUGGAGCAAUAUUAGAAAAUGUUAUUAUGGAUCCUAUAACUAGAGAUGUAGAUUAUAAUAAUUGUUCAAUUACUGAAAAUACUAGAUGUGCUUAUCCAUUAUCUUAUAUUGAAAAUGCUAAAAUACCUGCAUAUAUUAAUAGUCAUCCAAAAAAUAUAAUUCUUUUAACAUGUGAUGCUUUUGGUGUUAUACCACCUUUAUCAAAAUUAAAUGUUUAUCAAAUGAUGUAUCAUUUUGUUAGUGGAUAUACAAGUAAAAUGGCAGGAACCGAAGAUAAUAUAUUAAAACCGACAGCUACUUUCUCUUCUUGUUAUGCUGCCCCAUUUUUAGCUUUACACCCGAUGGUAUAUGCAAGAAUGUUAGCAGAUAAGUAUGAAAAGCAUAAGCCAAAUGUUUGGUUAUUAAAUACAGGAUGGAUAUAUGGUGCUUAUGGAUCAGGAAAUGGAGAAAGAAUUCCAUUAAAAUAUACCCGUUUGUUAGUUGAUUAUAUACAUGAUGAUAAACUAAACAAUAUUAAAUAUAAGCAAACUCCAAUUUUUAAUUUUAGUAUACCUGAACAUUUAGAAGGAAUUCCAGAUGAAGUAUUAGAUCCCCUUAUUGGAUGGAAAAAUAAAGAAGAUUACAAUACCAGUUUGAAAACCUUAGCUCAAGAGUUCAUUACAAAUUUCAAUUUAUAUUCAGACAAAGCAGACCCAUCUAUUUUAUCUGGAGGACCCACCAUUUAA